AAGUUGGGUCACACACUUCUCAGCCACACACUUUUUAUCUCUUCGUUCUCAUCUUUCAUCUUGCUUCUCUUCUGCUCAUCUUCUUCUUCCACAGAGCUCACUAAACAAAAACCAUGGCUUUGAUAGCUAAUUUUCCUCAAGAGUUAAUAGACCAGCCUCCACCUCCACUUGGCCCACCCAUUGAAUAUCCUUUUGAUGAUGUUAAUCAAAACACUCAUGUGCAAAAUCUUGAACUUCUUCAAGCUUUUGUGAAUAAUUUCUUGAAUGCGGACCAUGCCGUCCAGCCACUGGAUUUCACUAAGUAUCCUGUUAAUGCGCUUCGUCACCACUACUCUGUGACUUACAACGAUUUCAGAGACAGACGUCUCUUCUUCUUUCAUCACUGGGUAGCUCAUCCUGAAAAAGAUUGCACUGAUAUGAUAAACAGAAGCGUCUUCCCUGGUAUGAUAUACUCAAGGUGGAAAAAGAUAAGUAGAAGAACGAUCUACUAUCCUGGUGGGUAUGGGCGUUUUGUUGCGGGCUACAAGGAAAUAUAUCACUUGUUGGACCUGCAAGAAGGACACGCUGAAGCUGGUGCUCGUAUCAAGCUGGAUGUCUAUUAUCUGAGGGAUGACCAGUAUGAUAACGCAGUUGACCUAAAUCCGGAUCCGGAAGUGAAGAAAUCUGAGUGGAGUCUAGUUCGGAUGUACCGAUUCUGAGGAUUAGAGGAAAAAAAUUACUAUCAAUUUAGGCGACGAGUGACUCGACUUGCUGACUUGCUGACUAGCUGCUACUACUACUACCUACUUGAUUGAAGCUGAAUCUUUGCAGACUUAUGCAACUUUUGCUUGGGACUUAAUUUUAUGUAUUAAUAUUUCUUUUGGUGUGUAACUUAACACUUUGACUACGUUAUCUACUGUCUAGAACUAACAAUUUGGCUGUAUCAAGUAGUUGAACUCACUGGAUUGUAAUAUUUUGGAUGUGCCACUGCUGUUUGCAAACUAUCGAAGUACUGGCUUAUUAUUA